AUGGUUCAAAAUACAGAUAAUAAUACUUACGAUCAAUUAAUAAGGGAAAGAAAUGAUUAUGAUGAUGAUGCUGGUAGUAGUGGUGAUGUUGCAGUUAUUGGUAUUGGUUUAAGAUUUCCAAGUGGUAGUUUAAAAGAAUCAAUUUCAAAACCAUAUCAAUUAUUUAAUGAAUUAUUGAAUGGAUUGGAUGGAAUUGUUUCAACUUUUGAAAGAUGGUUUGAUAAUUAUUAUUUAAAUGGUGAAAUCGUUUCAAAGUUUGCUGGUUUACUUCCACUUGAUGAAUGGAAACAAUUUGAUCCAAUUUUUUUUGCAAUUAAUCCAAGCAAUGAUAAUGUCAGUUCAAUAGAUCCACAACAAAGAUUAUUAUUAAAAUGUGUAUGGGAAGCAUUAGAAGAUAGUGGUAUUGAUCCAAUUAGUUUACGUGGUACCAAUACAAGUACAUUUAUUGGUAGUAGUACUAUUGAUUAUUGUAAUCUUCAAAAAUCACCAUCUGAAACUCAAAAUAAUAUUUUUGGUUCAUCAACUCAUUCCAUCGCAAAUAGAAUUGGUUUUUGCUUUGAUUUUAGAGGUGAAAGUUUAACAAUUGAUACAGCCUGUUCAAGUUCAUCAAAUGCAAUUAAUUGUGGAUAUAAUUCAAUUAAAUCAAAUAAAUCAAAUGUUUCAAUCGUUGGUGGUGUUAAUUUUAUAUUAGACCCACACAUUUCAAAAUCAUUUACACAAUUAGGUCUUUUAAGUCCAACAGGUAGAUGUCAUACAUUUUCAUCGGAUGCUGAUGGUUAUGUUCGUUCAGAAGGUGUUGGUAUCGUUGUAUUAAAGAAAUUAAAAGAUGCAAUCAAAGAUUCAAAUAAUAUCUAUUGUGUAAUCAAAGGAUCAAAUUCAAAUAUCGAUGGUAACUUUGAUAAAUUAAACUUUUAUUCACCAUCAAAAUCAUCUCAGUGUGAAAAUAUCAAAUUAGCAAUCAAAUCAACCAAUGGUCAAAUCAAUGAAUCUGAUAUUGAUUAUUGUGAAACUCAUGGUACUGGUACUCCAACUGGUGAUCCAAUAGAAUUAGAAGGUAUAUCAAGAGUUUUUAAUACAACUAAAAUAUCAUCAGCAACAACAAUAACAACAAAUAAUAAUAAUAAACAAGUUUUAGUUGGAUCAAUUAAAUCAAAUAUUGGACAUACUGAAGCAUGUUCAGGAGUUGCAUCAUUAAUUAAAUGUUGUUUAAUGUUUAAAAAUAAACUAUUUCUUCAAAAUAUUAAUUUCAAAGAACCGAAUCCAUUAAUUAAUUUUAAAGAAUGGGGAUUAAAAGUUGUCACUGAACCAAUUAAAUUUAAUGAAAAUAAACAAACUGUCAUGUUAAUUAAUAAUUUCGGUGUUACUGGUUCAAAUGUUUGUUUAAUAUUAUCUGAAUUUAAAAAUAAUCAUUAUGGUAAUGAUUAUCACAAAAUGAAAAUUGAUAAUAAAUUUAAUGAAAAAAAAAGAUAUUUAAUACCAUUCUCUAGUAAUUCAUCAACAUCAUUAAAUAAUUAUAAAUCAUCAAUAAUUAAACAUUCAAAUUCAUCAUCAACCACAACAAGUUUUAAAGAAUUUGUACAUAAUCAAAUUAAAUUCAAAUCAACAUCAUUAAUUCAAAAAUCAGUUAUAAUCGCAAGUGAUUGGAAUGAAUUUCAAGAUGAAAGCAAUCAAAUCAAAUUAAAUAGUAGUGAUAAUUUAAUUUCAAAUAUUACAGUUGAAAAAAAGAAAUCACCACUCACAGUAAUGGUAUUAUGUGGUCAAGGUUCACAAUAUAAUAAAAUGGCAUUAUCAUUAUAUGAUAAUGAACCAAUAUUUAGAGAAUCUGUCAAUAGAUUCGAUAAAGAGUUAUUCAAAUAUUAUGGUUAUUCAGUUUUAGAUAAAUUAAGAUCAAUUGAUGAUAAAGAUUUAAUAUCAAUUCAUCAACCAAUUUUAGCACAACCUGCAAAUAUAAUGAUUCAAGUAUCACUCUAUGAAUUAUAUAAACAUUGGGGCGUUUCGGCAGAUAUUAUUAUUGGUCAUUCUCUUGGUGAAGUAUCAUCAGCAUAUUGUUCAGGUAUGAUUGAUUUUGAAACACUAUGUUACUUGACUUACCAUAGAUCAGUAGCUCAAAAUAGAACCACAGGUACAGGUAGAAUGUUAUCAGUUAAUAUUAGUUCAGACGAAUUCAUUAAUAACUAUCAAUCUACAACUAAAUAUGAAUCAUUAGAAAUUGCAUGUUACAAUUCACCAACAUCAAUCGUUAUCGCAGGUAAAGAAGACUUGUUAAAUGAAAUUACCAAUGAAUUCAAAUCAAACGAUAUCUUUUGUUCAAUGUUAGGAUCAUUAUCAUCAUUUCAUACAUCAAGUCAACAAAUGAUUAAAGAUGAAGUAUGUUCAUUAAAUAUUUCAUCAAAACAACCAUCGAUAGCAGUAUUUUCAACAGUUACAACCAAUUUAUUCAAUCAUCAAACUUCACCGUUCAAUGCAAAUUAUGUAUUUGAUAAUAUUAUUCAACCAGUAUAUUUCACACAAACAAUUACAAAUCUUUACAAACAUAUCGAAUCAAAUGAUAUGGGUAAUGAAAUUACAUUCAUUGAAGUUUCACCACAUCCAACAUUACAAUAUUACUUAAAUCAAAUGAAAUCAACUCAAUCAAGUUACUUUAAUAAUGGUAAAAACAUUACAAUCUAUUCACCAUUAAAUAAAAAGAAGAAUGAUUAUAAUGAAUUCUUAAAGACAAUCUCUUUAUUAUAUGUCAAUAAUAAUUUUGAUAUUAAUUUCAAAUCACAAUUAAUUAAUAACAACAACAGCAAUAAUAACUAUGAAAACCAAUUAAAUAAUUUACCACUUUACCAAUGGGAUGAUAAAGAAUACUUUAAACUAAACUCAUCACUUGAAAAGAUUAAAAGUGAAGGUCCAUCCAUUAAUAAUCUUGGUAAUAAUACAGAUUCACCAUAUCCAUCAUAUCAAACAUUUAUCGAUAUCAAGAAAUCACCAUUCCAAUGGUUAAAAGGUCAUCAAGUUAGUGAUAAAUUCUAUUAUCCAGGAAUGGGAUAUGUUCACAAUUUAUUAUCAAUUUAUCCAAAUCAAGAUAUUACAAUUAGCUCAUUAGAAUUUAAAUCACCAUUAGUAUUAACAGAAGGUAAUAAUCAAUGUUUACAAACUAUAAUUACACCACUAUCAAAGAAUGAAUUCAAUAUUAAAAGUCAUUAUAAAGAUCAAAAAACAAAUCAAUGGAUAUUAUCAUCUCUUGGUAAUUUUAGUUUAACCAAACAUAACAGUAUCAUCAGUAACAAAUUAAUUAAUAUUCAAUCAUUAAAAGAUAAAUGUAAUUUUACAAGCAUAUCAAAACAAGAUUUAUAUGAAACUAUUAGAAUUAAAACAAAUUUAACAUACAAAGGUUUAUUUCAAGGUGUAAAACAAUGUCAUAUCGGUAAUAAUUGUUCAUUAGCAAUAGUAUCAUUAAAUGAAAUUUAUAAUCAAAAAGAAUAUAAUCAUUUAAUCAACAAUACCAAUAUGAAUUCAUUCUUUAAUGCAGCAAUUUUAGAUACUUGUUUACAUGGGUCAUUAGUUGCAGUUACACAACCAGUCGUACUUGAUAGAAUUGAAGGUUUCAAAUAUUACUCUUCAAAUAUUCCAUCAUUUAAAAAUGGCAAUAAUAAUGAUGAUGAUGAAGAAUCGAAUAAUAAUAAUAAUAAUAAUAAUAAUAAUAAUAAUAAUAAUAAUAAUAAUAUUAAAGAACUCUACGUUUUUUCAGAUAUUAAAUCAAGAACCAAUUCUCAAACAUAUUCAAUAUCAGUCAAAAUCAUACUUCCAAAUGGUACAUUAUUAGUUGAUAUCUCAAAUGUGGUUUGCACUUUAGUUUCACUUCCCAAUCCUGAAAGUGCUAUAAUUUGUAAACCACCAUCAAAUGAUAUUUAUACACCAUAUCUUCAAUCAAAAGAUUCAGUAAUUAAUAAACCUGAACAAUUCAAACAUUUAUAUAGAGUAGAUGAAUUUAGUGUCAACGAAGAAGAUAAUCAAUUUAUUUCAAAUGAAUUAUUAUUGUCAUUAUUUUAUAAACACAUUAAUAAUAGAUGUCCAAGUAUUAAUUUAGAAUCAUUAACAACAUUAGAAUAUAAUCAAUUCAAACAAUUAUAUUAUAAUAGUUCUGUUAAUGAAAAUCUUUUCAAAUUCAUUUUUGAAAAUUUAAAGAGAUAUAGUAAUAUUCUUAACCAUGACAAUAAUCACAGUAAUAUUAAAUCAGAAAAUGAAGAGUUAUAUAUUAGAACAACUAAAAUAAUGGCAAAACAGUUAUUCCCAUUAAAAGAUGAUGAUUCUAUUACAGAUACACCACAAUCAUUAUUUGAAAGUGGUUUUUUAGAUGACUUUUAUAAGAAUUCAAGAGUAGUUCAACCAUUGAAUAAUUUAUUAAGUGAAAUUAUAGUUGAAACUCUAAAACCAAUUUUAAAUGAACCAAUUGUAUUUCGUAUAUUAGAAGCAGGUGGUGGUACUGGUAGUCUUAGUUUAUUAAUUUUAGAAAAGAUUUGUAAAUUAUUAAACGAUAACAGUACAACAUCAAUCAUUAAUAUAGAAUUUACAUGGAGUGAUAUAUCUGCAUCAUUUUUCGCUGAAAUUAAAGAAAAGUUCUCAUCAUUUACAAAUCACAACAAUUUAAAUAUUAUCUAUCGUGUAUUAGAUUUAGAGAAACCAUUAUUAGAUCAAGAUCUUAAAGCAUCCUAUUAUGAUUUCGUUGUAAUGUCAAAUGUCAUGCAUGUCGUUAAGAAACUCAAACCAACAUUAAAUGAAAUUCAUAAUAUAUUAACACCAAAUGGUCAACUUAUGUUUAUAGAACCACCAUACAAAUCAUUUUAUUAUGAUUCUAUAUUCGGUUGUUUUUCACAAUGGUGGCCAUCCUAUGAUAGUGAUAUCGAAUUAAGACCUGAUAGAUGUUGUAUGAAACAAGAGAAAUGGAUUAACCUUUUAAAUCAAUGUAAUUAUAGAGAUACAAUAAUGUCUGGUAAUGAUAAUUUAGUAUUUUUAAUUCAAACUAGAAAACCAACAAUUAAUGAAAUCAUUUCAGAACAAUCAAUAUCAUUAGAUCAAUUAAAUUCUUUCAAUAAUAUCAUUUUAUUUAGUAAUAAUAAUAAUAGUAAUGAUAAAAAUAGAAAUAGUUGCAGCAGUAGUAUUCUUGAUUUAAUAAGAUUAAAUCAAGAAUUAAAACAUAAAAUCAUUAAUAUUAAUAAUUAUAAUGAAUUUCAAUCAUGGAUCACAAAUAAUCAAAAUAAAGAUGGUUGUAAUAAAACAUUAAUAAUAUUUUUAAAAUCAAUUGAAUCAAAAAUGAAUACUUUUAAUUUCAAAGAAAUCACAUUUGAAUACAUUCAAAUUAAUCAAUUAAUAUUAAAAUUAGAAUUAUCAAAUAAUUUCAAACAUUUAUUAUUAUCAUUAAAUUCAACCACUGAUAAUUAUUUAUCAUCAUCAAUUGUUGGUGCUGCUCGUUAUUUCGUUGAAUUCCCACAAUUAGAUUUAUAUAUUUUAAAUUAUGAUAAUGUUUCAAUUGAAAAUAAUCAACAAUUAUCAUUAAUCAAUUAUUUAAUCAAUCCAAAUAAUAAUAUUCAAAAAGAAUUUACAAUUAAUAAUAAUAAAGUAUACUAUGAAAGAUAUUGUAGAAGAUCAAAUAAUAUUAAAAGUAUAUUCCAAUCUGAAUCAUUUGAAACCAAUAAAGAUAAUUUAUAUAUUCAAUUAAAUUCAAAUUUAGAAUAUCAAUUAUAUAGUAAAAAAGAUGAAUUAAAUUCAAAUGAAGUAGAGAUAGAAAUUAAAGCAAAUGGUAUAAAUUAUAAAGAUUAUUUAAUGUAUAUCGGUAUGAUUGGUUCAGAUUUAGAUAUUAAAUAUGGUAAAGAGUAUGAAAUUGAAAAUGGUAUUGGUAUUGAUAAUCCAAACAUUGGUAAUGACUUUAGUGGUAUUAUUACAAGAUUAGGAAGUAAUGUAAAGAAAUUUAAAGUUGGUGAUCAAGUUUGUGGUGUCGGCUCAAAAACAAAUAGUUCACAUGUUAUUGUAGAUUAUAAUUACAUUUAUUAUAAACCAUUAAACUACAAUCAUUCAGUUUCAGCCUCAAUACCAUCUAUUUAUAUUACAUCACUACAUAGUAUCUAUAGUAUUGGUAAUUUAAAAUCAAAUGAAUCAAUUUUAAUUCAUUCAGCAGCAGGUGGUAUCGGUAUAUCAUCUUUAGAUUUAUUAAAAAGUAAACAACAUCAAGGUUAUAUAUUUUUAACAGUUGGUUCAAAAGAUAAAGAAGAAUACUUAACAAAGAAAUAUGGAUCAUUAAUUACUGCUAUCUAUUCAUCUCGUAAUAAAGAUUAUGUUUAUGAAAUUAAGAAUAAAUUAAUAGAAUUAAGUGUUGUUGAACAGCAUCAACAAGGUGUAGAUUUAAUAUUAAAUACAUUAUCAUCAGAGUAUAUGGAUUCAAAUUUCCAAUGUUUAAAUUUAUCAGGACGUAUCGUUGAUUUAAGUAUCACUCAUCUCACACCAAAUGAUUAUAUGAUAAACAAUCAUUACAAGUUUAAUAUGGGUUACAAUAACGUAGAAGUCGUAGAUUUCCCAAGUAAAUUAUUCAAAGGCUAUUUAAAGAAAAUUAUCAAAAUGGCUAAUUCAAAUAAAUUAGAGUUAAGUGUACCAAUCAUUGAAUAUUCAAAUAAUCAAUUUAAAGAUGCAAUUGAAUAUAUAAAUCAAAGAAAACAUAUUGGUAAAAUCAUUGUUAAUCAUAAUCAAGAUGAAUUUAAUAGAGUUUAUAAUAAUUAUCAAAAUAAUAACAAUCAUAUCAUAAUGAAACAUUCAUAUGAUAUUUCAAAAUUAAAUAUUGGUAAAAAUAUUUUACUCACUGGUCAAACUGGUAUUGUUUUAGAAAUAUUAAAAUAUUUAAUCAAAUAUUCAAACCAUUCAAUUGAAAAUAUUAUAAUACUUUCAAAAUCAAAAUUAAAAUGGGAAUUAGAAUUAUUAAUCAAUCAAAGCAAAUUUAAAAAAGAUAAUAAUAUUAAAUUCCAUUUCAAUCAAAUCGAUAUUGAAGAUUCAAAUAAAGUUAAUCAAGUAUUAAAUCAAUUAGAAUUAAAUGAAAAUAUUACAAAUAUUGAUUCUAUCAUUCAUUUUGCAUUUAUGAAUGAUAUUGGUGAUGUUCAACAAGUCGAUAUGAAUCGUUUAAAUAAUACACAUGGUGCUAAAACAAUCGGAGCAAUUAAUCUUCACAAUCAAUCAAUUAAUCGUUCAUGGAAUAUCAAACAAUUUAUAAUGGCAUCAUCAGUAGUCUCUAUAUUUGGAUCAGAUCAACAAUGUUGUUAUGUUAGUGCAUGUAGUGUUAUCGAUUCAUUAUCAAAGUAUAGACAUUCAAUUGGAUUACCAUCUUUAGCCAUUAAUUUAGGUGCGAUAUCAUCAACUGGUUUCGUAUCACGUAAUAAUGCAAUUGAAACAAUGCUCAAGAGUUCAAUUUUAAAUUUAUUCUCACCUCAACUCGUUAUUAGUUCAUUAGAUUUAUUCAUUCAAAAUCAACAUCAAUAUCCAAACUAUUGUUUAUCAGAUUUCAAUUUUGAAAUUUUACCAUCAACUUUGACAAAUCAUUUCCUAAAAAAAUUUGAUUAUCAAAUUAAUAUUGUUAAAAAAUCAAAUCAAAUCAAAUCUUCUUCUGGUGGUAAUGGUGGUGAUAAUAAUGAAAUUAUUCGUUCAACAAUUUUAAAUAAAAUCAGUGAAUUAUUAUCAAUUGACGAAUCUAAAAUCAAUGAAGACCUUCAACUCACACAAUAUGGUAUGGAUAGUUUAGUGAUUGUACAAUUAAAGAAUUUUAUCGAUAAUCAAUUAGGUCAUAAUAUUAUCACAAUUCAACAAUUACAAAAUAAUAAAAUCAAUCAAUCAAUUGAAAUUAUUAAAUCUGCUAAUAAUAAAAAUAAUAAAAAUAAUAAUAAUAAUAAUAAUAAUAAAACAAACAAAAAUAAUAACAAUUUAGUUAAAAAAGAACAACAAUCACUUGAUGAAUUUAUUAAACAUGAAACUAAAUUAAAUGAAUCAAUCAUUUCAAGACCAUAUUCAAUUAAAAAUAUAUUAAAUAAUAAUAAUAAUAAAUCAAUAUUCUUAACAGGUUCAACAGGAUUUUUGGGUGCAUAUUUAUUAACAGAAUUAAUUAAAAUGAAGAAUGUCUCAAAAAUUUAUUGUUUAAUAAGAAAUAAUUCAAAACUAACAAAUCCCAUCGAUGCAAUUAUUAAUAAUUUAAAGAAACAUCAAUUAAUUAAUAUGAAUAAAGAAUCACCAAAUCAAAGAUCAUCAAAAAUACUCAAUCAUACAGGUAAUAUAUCAAAUGAUAAAUUAAGUAUUAUUGAAAACAGUGAAAACAAUAAUAAACAAAUAAGAGAAGAUCAAUUAAUUAAAAUCAUUCCAAUGAUUGGUGAUAUUUCAAAAGAUAAAUUUGGUUUAACUGAACAAGAUUAUUUAAAACUAUCAAAUGAAUGUGAUAUUAUUAUAAAUUCAGCAGCAGAUUUAAAUUUAAAAUCAAACUAUGAAGAAAGUAAAACUGUAAAUGUUGACAGCAUCAAUCAAGUUAUAAAAUUAUCAGUUUCAAAUAAUAGCUCACAAAAGUUAAUAGUUCAUUUUUCAUCGAUUGCAGUAUUUAUUAAUCAUCAAUUAAAAGAUGGAGAAACAUUUGAAGAAACAAAUAUAUUACCAAAUUUUGAUACUACACCAGUCGGAUAUAUUCAAUCUAAAGUUAUUUCAGAAAAAUUAUUAACAAACGCAGCAGAAUCAAGAGGUAUACCAUCAAUCAUUAUUAGACCACCUGAUAUAUUCUCAAAUCCAAUAACAGGUAUAGGUCAUUCAAAUGAUUUUAUAUCACUUUUUUUAAAAGUUUCAAAAGAGAUUGGUUAUUAUCCAAAUAUUCAUAAACCAAUUUUCACAACUCCAGUCACAACUAUAGCUAAAACCACAAUUGAUUUAAUAUUCAAUGAAAACAGUUGGAAUCAAAAUAAAUCAAAACCAAUUUCAAUUUACAGUUUAAAUGGUAAUUCAAUUGAAAUGAAAUCAAUUUAUGAGUUUUUAGAAAAUAAAUUUAAUUGCAAAGAAAUCGAUUACCAAGAAUGGAUUAAAUUAGUUUCAAAAUCAAAUGGAAAAUCAUCAAAAAGAUAUUCAGCAUUCCACAUUCAUGAUAAUCAAAAUUUAUUGAUAUCAAAUUUUAAAAUCAAUAGUUUAUUCAAAAUGUCAAAUAGCACAAAAGAAUUAUUAAUUUCAAUUGGAUCAUAUAAUCACCAAGAUUGGGAAAUUAAUGAAUCAAUCAUUUUAAAUAAUAUUAAUAAUAACAAUAAAGAAAUAAAAUAA